UAAAGUGUGUAUGUGGGUUAAAUAGUCAGUUUUGGAACAUCAUUCGGUGCAUUUUUUAUCAGAGUUUUUGGCGUUUUAAUAUGGUACAUAAAAUAUGUACUCGUGCUUGUAGGACUGUUAAUUAGGGGCAUUUUACAAAUUAAUAUUCUGAUACACAUAAUGUUAUACAGCAAAAUAUGUUGAAAAGUGUGACAUCUGGUUCCGUAAAAGUAUAUAUGGUUAAAUCUUAAGUGCUAUGGCAAAUUGUUAAAAAAAAAUACCAAUUUUUUCUUUCAGGACUUUUUCCAAUUAGCAUUUGCGUUGCUUAUAUUAUGUAGUCGAGGAGUUUGAUUAACUAUAGUAGGUAUUAUAUUUUAUUUCCUUCUUCAUUUAAGUGAAAGAGAUGAAGAGAAAAGAUUAACAGUAAGUGAGAUAGGGUGAAAAAGGUUUGGAUUGCUAAUAGAACGAGUUCAGCAUUAUGAUAAUGCAUUAUUAUGAUUUGUUUUAUUUAAUAUUUCAAAGGGUGUUAGGUAUAUUCUUGAAAAUGCUGACUUGAGUUGGUUUAUUUAAAAACCCUUACUUUUAAUAUUUUCUGUGAGAUUUUAAGAUAUUAAGAAAGUUUUUUGAGGGAAUCCUGUAUUUAAAUACCUAAAAUUUUAUUUUGACGACUAACAAUUUUUUAUCAGUAUUAGAGACUUAAAAUGGAAAAUUAAAUAUUCCGUCGAAAAAAACACAUAUUGAGAUAAUAUGAUAGCCAACUAGAAUCUAUAAUCAUUCAGCACCAGUGAUAAAAAAUGAAGCCGGUGUUACAUCAUUUAAAUCUGCCUUUUUCACUUUAUUGAUCGAAAAAUCUUACUAAAAUAUAAAUUAAUAUUUUGCCGCUGUAUUUCAAAAUCUUGUUCUAUAAGCCAUGCGUGUCAUGCGUGUCAAAUGUCUUAAUGUGUGUACAUAUAAUUUUAUUCACAUUAGGUUUUAAUAUUUUAUCAUAUCAUCUAUUUAAUUUUAAACAGUUAAGCAACACAUCCUAUAUUACUUAACGAUUUUUUAUAUGUCAACUUUAUUUAUUAAACUGUAGAAUAUACGAAUAUUAUAUACGAUUCUGUUUACACAAGGGAGAAAAUUUCGGCAUUUCUGAAUAUUGACAAGGGAUUCACAUACCUAGUCUUUUCACUCGAUCACUACACCUUCAAUAUAUGAUAAAAUGACCUCGAUAUCACAUAUGUAUAUGCCACAGUGUGAGUCUGUAACUUGGAAUAAAUUUAGUAGUUCAUAUACUUUUAUCUUUCUCAAAAAAACCCUCGGACCCGUCGGUUAGUAUUGGUAGUUGCGCUCUAUUUUUGUUGAAAACAAAGUUAUACAGUGCGUCCGAAAAAAUAAGAUAUGAUGUCAUUGACAAUUUUUUAAAGUAACAACCAUACGGCCAUUUCAAGCAUGUGGACGGGACAAAUCACAAAAUAGGAUAUGCGAAAAAAAAUUUUGCCAAUUUGUUAGGUAAUAUUUCUUCACCAAAAUUAGCAAAUAUAUUCUUUAUUAAUUAGACAAUAUUUUUAAAAAUAUAAAUGCAAGCAACAUGUUUUUAUAGUAGAGAUAAUAGCAAUAAACGACGGUUGUGGACGGGAAUACAUACUAGUAAAUCACAUUAAAUGAUUAAGAAAGAAUUUUUCUUUAAGAAUUCGUAACUAAAAAAUGAUAUUUAUUGGUUGUGGACAGAACGGUUGUGGACCGGACAAAAAACCUUAAUAACUUUAGAAUAUUUUUUUAUAAUUUAUUUUAGUAUAAAUAACAAUAUACUAUGUAAUACAACUAAAUUAAAGGGAAUGAUAACGACGAAUUAGUUCAACAAUAAAUAAUUAAUGAUUAUAAUGUUUUGUUAGAGAUAUCUUUCUUAUUUUGUUUUGAUGGGUCUGACCAAUUUCUAAUAUUUUUUCGGACACAGGCCUAAAAAAGUGGCAUGAUUGGAGCCCUGCAAUGGGCAGGACACUUUCCUAUCGAGCGGUUAACAUGUUUUUGUUAUCCUGAAUCUUUUGGAUUGAAACGUAGAUAAGAUUUAUAUUGGUUUUACCAUUAAGUGCAUUAAAAAAGUCUUUGGAAUUAUUAAUAAGUAGUUUUCUACUUUUCUCCAUUUCCCAGGCUACUCUUUUAAGCUUCCCUCCUACUCCGUCUACAGCCCCCUUCCCGUGAGAAGUGGCAAAGAAAUUCCAGAAAAGCCAGAUAUAUCGAAAUCUUCAUGAAAAUGACAUAAAUUCGAUAGAGUAAACUUAUUUUUAAACUGUGCUGCACAGCCAUUAGAAAAUAUCGAUACAGUUCUCAAAGUACUAUAGGCAUUUCUUAACCAAUGAACUAUUUCUUUAAGAAAUGCCCAGACUGCAAACUUAUAACUCAUCGCUGAUGAUGAGCAAACGAAUGAUGGGCAUUUUUAGUCCAGGCUAUUGCCGUAAAUAUUGUGACCUGUCUGUGGCUCCAGUGCGCACUUUGUAUCUUAUACAUGAGUAAUUUUCUGCGAAGUCUACUUGCAGGACAACUUUUUCUUCAUUUAUAUAAUUUUUUUCUUUCUCAAAAUUGCGUUCUUGUAUGGUUUUUACGAAGCAGUGAACUUUAAAUUUCUCCAUAGAUUCUUGCAGUUGAUCCAAAGCAGGUUUUAAAGUACCAGAUACUUCUAAUACUUGGGGUUUAUGAAGAUUGACUUGCCACCUUUUCCAUUUUAUUUCGGUCUCCAAAUCGGUAUUUAAAGGCACCAAAGCAAAUUCAAUAUCGGCAUCACAGUUUGGGCAUAAAUUAUUCAUACAGUCGAAAUUAUCUGUAUAGCAACAUAUGGCUGAAAGUAAUUCCUUGGAAGAUUUUGGAAAUUCAUGUACAUUUUUGCAAAUAGUCUUAACCAAAAAAUUAAAGUUCGCAUGGUACUUGCAAACGCAAACGUCGUGAGGCAUUUGGGAACUUAGCAAGACAUGUUUGGGUCGAUAUUCCUAAAAUUUUGUUAGUUUAACAUUUAAUUCGGGAUUUUCAUGUAUAAACAACUGAUAAGCUUCCUUUACAGUAACAGUCAUGUGCCGCUUUUGCUUUUUUUCUUUGAUUCCUGAUUUUCCCUGGUGCCUGUCUACUUAUCAUAUCCCUGGUGUAAAACCGUUCAACACUUUCCUUAAGUUGGCUUUCCAAUUUGUUCCAAGGUGUUACUUUUUCUGCACAGACUAAACUUGUUUCUUUUGGAAGUUCGGCAUAAAAAAUUUCUUUAAAACCUCCUUAUUUUGCUCAGCACACUUCAGCAAUACAGACUUAAUUUUCUUUACUACCUUUCCCAUCGAUUGUGGCGUUUUAAAUGAGCUGAUAUUAUCUGAUGAUUGGAUUUUCUCAACUUGCAACUCUUCCCUUUUUCUCUGACGAUACAACCGUUUUCUUAAUGUUUCUUGUCUUUUCUUUGCAUUUAUCAUAUCUUUCGUAAAAAAACCUUCCUGAAUCAAUCUCUUCUGCUUCUUUCUGCUGUCUCUUUUUAUUUUGGCAUCCUUUUCUUUAAAACGCAUGUGCUUCUCAAUAUUCUCUUUGAGCUUUCUUCUAAAAUCUAUAGAUUUUUCUUUAUUUGUCUUAGGUGCCACAUUUUCUGUAAAAAAAUAUGGAGUCAUAAGUUGGGAUAAGAUUGACCGAGAAAAAUUAUCUUAAAAUUAAAUAAUAAUAAAAAUUUCAUUUAAAAAAAAUGUUUUUUUUUUGGCUUCGUGGAGUACCAGCCCUCAGCGAAUCGGUUGCGAUAUACAUAUAGAUCAUCAAAAAUAAAAAAAAACUUACUUAAAAUAAGUACUUUGCAGUCCGUUUUGCAUUAAAAAUUAAAUAUUUUCGAUAUAUAUAUUAAUAAGAUCUUAUUUUUAUAUAUUUUUUAAUGAAUGGGUUGCGGACGGGACAAUUUAUUUAUAAAAUUUUCUUGCAAAAUAAUAACAUGAUACAAAAAAAUCUUUUACUAUAAUAUUGCCCUAAAUGCAAGUCAAGAAAAAAUAAAAUUGAAAGUUCAAACUUUUUAUUAUUUAGUGGGAUAUGCCUACUUUUCUAAGAAUUUGGUUGUGGACGGGACAAAAACCCUUAUUGUUACACUAAAUGAAAAAAUAUAUCUACUUACUUUGAUUACGAAAUUAAUAUUCACCACAAAAAACUUGAAACCACUGACAUUUACUCUGCCAUGACAGCGUCUCAAUGUAUCACUUGUUUUAAUCCGUGGCCGAAUAUACAAAGUUAACUAUUUUUUCCUAAAACAGCCUGCUAAUACAAACCUGAAAGUAAUGAGUGGCCCAUAUUUUUCGGAUGUUAUUUUUUAUAUAUUUUUAUAAGUUUCUAUGACAAUUAAAUGACAUUCAAUAAAUAUAUGGUUUAAAAAUAUACUUUAAUGCAUUUUCGUAUUUUAUAAAAAAAAUCCAAAUCGCUUGAAAUGGCCGCAUAAUUUUUUAUUGCGUAUUUUUGAAGAGCUUAUCAAAUUAUAGGUACACAGCUGCAAAAUUCCAAGUUUAUAUGAUUAACCGUUUUCCGGAUAAUUAAAAUAUCUUUUUUUUAAUUAUAAAUUAUAAAAUCUGUUUUACACAAGAAGUUUUUUUUAACAAAUGUUUGAGCCCAUUAACAUAUAAGCAUUUGGCAAUGCCCUUAGCAUACUGAAAAAAUUCUAAAUUCGAUUUGAACGUUUCUUCUGAAGAAUUCCAUCUAUCUGGAAAUAUAGUAUCCAGAUAAUAUUGAAAAGUUAGUAGGGGAAGUCUUUUCUCCACAAAUAAAACGCUAAUCCUCUAAUUUCAGGAUUAUGCAUUUCGGCAAGUGUCCUUAACAUCAUCAGACUUGAGUUACUUAACACUUACACAAAUUCUGAAUUUGUGCAUGCGAUUAACUGUAUGAAAUAAUAAUUGUAUAUUAUUAAACGCAUUGAAUUUUGAAAAAAAUUCUUGCUAAAGGUGAAUAAAACAUAAACAUAAUAUUAAAUUCGUCAACGUAUAUCACGCGGACGUUUUAUCCGAUAUUUAUAGUUGAAGUACAACCAAAAAGUACAUCUGGUGUAAACCAAAAACAAACGUUUAUUUAACUAUGAUGUAUUAAUUGGGAAAGUAUUCUUCUAUUGUUGGUUUAUCAUUUCUUGUAAUACGGAUAGGAUUUAUGAAAUUUCACAAAUUCGAUGUUAUUUAUUAACCUGUUUUAAAAAUAUAAAAUAGAUGUUUUAAAAUUACAAGAAUAAAAAGUUGAUAUAUGUAAAUUGAAAUGAAAAUAUUUUUCUUUGUUGAUAGUCAAGUAAAUUAUUUUGUCAUAUUCUUAUACACGUUUGGCGAGUUUACGAAUCUUACGGAUUGAGUUUUAAUGUAUUAGAUCUAAUAGAUAGAGAGUAGACAGAGAACGACUGCAUCGGUAACCUCCCACCGAUAGUGACGCCGAUUCUCCGUACCGCUCGCAAUGUGAAUCAUAGAGUAAUUAAAAGUAUAAUUAUUAAUUUAAUAUUCAUUUCUCUAUGAUGUGAAUUUAAUUCCGGCUUGCUCGCAGUGAUGUUUAGCAAGCCCUUGGAGAUGGGUAGGUUAGCCUCGAAUCAAAUAUUGGAAUUUUACGCGCACACGAAAGAUAAAAAUUUAUGUUGUUUUUUAACGUGCUCAUAAUCGCAAGUCAAAAAAACAACUUUAAUAUGCUCAAAUCUUAAAAACCUUUGGUGAAAACUAAAUACAAUAUUCUAAAAUAAAAUGAAAAAUAUCUCUUAAACAAAAUAAUAAUUCUAAUUAAAUGGAUUAUUUAAUAAGGUGUUCAAAUAUACCUUCUUGUUGAGCUUCACAGUAUCCCAACCUGUCGUAAAAUUCUCUACGUGCAUUGGCUAACAUUUCAGGUUUAAUGGACCUAGAAAUAUUAAUAAUUCUAAGUCGCAAUUCGUCCAAAUUAACGGCUCUUUCACGUCGGUGUUGGUAAAGAAUUUCCGUCAAGUAGCCCCAUAAGAAGUAGUCGCAAGGCGUCAGAUCUGGAGAUCGCGGAGGCCAUGUUAUGGUACCUCUUGUGGAAAUAAGCCGUUCAGGAAAAGUGUUUGUUAAAUAGUCCUGCACUUGUCUAGCGUUGUUAGCGGGACAUCCGUCUUGUUGAAACCAAAUUUUCUCAAAAUUAACAUCCAAGUUUCGUACAGCGAUAAUAUUUUGUUGCAAUAAAAGUAAAUAUCUCUCAGAGUUUAACCCUUUAACUGCUCCAGGCGUAUAUAUACGGUAUGCAUAAAAUUGCUCCUGACGUAUAUAAACGGUUGCGUCAAAGAAAUUAUUUAACGACAAGCUGCUCUGGCCGUAUAAACACGAUUAAAAAUGGUGAUUAGUGAUGCGAAGAGUCCGGAUUAAUCGUCCGUUCAAUCCGAAUAUCAAAUUAUUCCGAAUCAAUCCGGAUAUCUAAAUCGUCCGGAUACACGCCGCCCGUUCGUUCGACCGACAAUGAAAUAAAAGCUUGCACGAAGUGACACGAAGUUCCACGUUCCACCAGCUAAGAGAAUCCGAAUUAAAUCGUCCGGACAAAUAACCCGGCAAUCGGCAAUAUCGUCGCGUCGCGUUGUGUAAACCUAUUGCUUUAUCUAUCCUUAUUGUACUCAUUUAGAAACAUAAGAGACAAUAUGAGAACGCCCAAACUUUUUAAGGGUCGUCUGACCUUCCGAAGUUUUUUUGUAAACAAAACAUUUUUGUAGUGAUAUUUUGCAUCGUUUAAAAUACACUUGAUUUAUUACAUACAUAAUUAGCUAUUUUAGUUUUAACAUCAUGUAGAAAUGCGUAAAAACGAAAUGUCUAAUGGGUUGCAUAAUGCAUACCUUAUAUUCGAAAAACAGCUAUAAAAAACGUUUAUCGGACGGUCGAGCAUCGAGCCCGAAACAUGGCAUAAUUUGCCGAACGGGCGAGACAUCGAGCGGAUGAAUUAGUCCGGAUGAAAAAACCGAAUUUUCAAUUCAUCCGAAUCAAUGCUGUCCGGAUAUUGAAUUAAUCCGGAUUUUUACAACACUAAUGGUGAUAUUUAAAGACGCAUUGGAACCGCCUAGAGCCAUCCACGCCCCGAAAUAUUUCAGUGGGGGGUGGGGUUACUUUUCAACUUGUGCGAACCGUCUCGAAUUCUGGCUAACAGCGAAAGUGAAGAUGAUGAUGUCGUUAGCAAUUCAGGCGAUUAUGGCUGGUUAGACGACAGUGAACCUACUGCUGGUCCAAGUACUUCAAGUAAGCAAAAUUACGUGGAAGAACAUAAUUUACCGAGUAUUAUAUCCUCAUCUGAUUCCGAGUCGGAAGAAGAAGAUCUGGUUGUACCCACUAAGAAAUUUAAAUCAGAUUACAUUUGGAAAUCAUCUGAUCUGUCUCCUGUAGUACAUAAUUUUGAUAACAGUACGUCUGGCUGUCAGAUUUCCCAGUUAGACAUGUCUAGUACGGCACUGGAUUGUUUCAAAAUAUUUUUUGAUGAAAAUGUAACCCAAUACGUCGCGGAUCAAAGAAACCUUUACUCCAUAUUCGUUACAGAAAAUACAGAGUUAUCCAAAAGUUCGAGGGUAAAUCGUUAGAAAAAUACCGAUUCCAGCGAAAUUUACUGCUUUAUAGCAACAAAUUUUCUUAUGUCGCAAGUGAAAAAAAAUUCAAUAAAUAGUUAUUGGACGAAUGACAAACUUUUAGCCACUCCUAUUUUUUCGCAAAUAAUGCCCAGGGAUAGAUUCCUUUUGCUUCUUCGAAUGUCGACAAAAAAACCGGAGAAUGACGUUUUAUGGAAACUAAGAUACAUCAUUGACCAUUUGAGGGAUGUAUUUACUAAAAAAACCUUAUAUCCGUUUCAAGACUUAUGCAUAGACGAAAGCUUGCUGCUGUUCAAGGGACGGGUAAUUUUCAAGCAAUACAUACCUUCCAAACGACAUCGGUUUGGAAUAAAAUUUUUUCUUCUAUGUGACUGUGAAACGGGGUACGUUUUAGACUUUAUUAUUUAUGUCGGAGUUGCAACAGAAAUAAAAAAAAAUGAAUAUCUUGACAAGGAUAUUGGAAUAUCUGGUAAUAUUGUUCUAACUUUUCUUGAGCGAUAUUUGAGCAAAGGUCAUUCGUUGUACGUAGACAACUGGUAUACAAGUCCCACAUUGUUUACCUAUUUACAUAAAAAUAAGACAAACGCAUGUGGAACCGUCAGGAAAAAUAGGAGAAAUUUACCGAAUCUGUCUAAAAACCUAAAGUCAGGAGAAAUUGAAUAUAUGUCGACGGAUCGGCUUUUAGCUCUAAAGUGGAAGGACAAACGAGAAGUUCGAAUGCUUUCAACUUUUCACAACAGUGACAUGAAGGAUUCUGGAAAAGUAAACAGAACCACAAAAGAAGAAAUAAGGAAACCAGUAUGUGUACUAAACUACAUUGAAAAUAUGGGAGCGGUAGAUCGCAGCGAUAUGUUACUAAGUUCGGUAGAAUGCGUACGUAAAACCGUAAAGUGGUACAAAAAACUUUUUUUUCAUUUACUGGACUUAAGUUUAUUGAACUCACAUGCUGUUUACAAAAUGGUAACCGGUAAAAAUAUUUCUCUGCUAGAUUUUCAAGGGCAGCUCAUAAAGCAGAUUUUAGAAGCACAUCAUCUUCCACAGCAGCACAGCAGAAGUGGAAGAAGGUCAGCAGAUGGAGAUAACCCUUCACGACAAACUGAGCGUCAUUUUGUUUCCAUGAUUCCCGCAACCGCUGCCAAAAAAUUUGCACAAAGAAAAUGCAUUGUGUGUUCAAAAUAUGGAAAAAGAAGCGAUACGCGUUACAUGUGUGCACUAUGCGAUGUGCCGCUUUGCCUUUUGAUUUAUUUCGAAAGAUACCAUUCCUGCAAAUAUUACUGACUUUUGUAAAAUAUCAUAGGAAUUUAUAAAGUUUUUUUAUUUUGUUUUAUUUGAUGGUUUUUCUAACCUCCCAGAAUGUAUAUUUUUUGUUUAGUUGUUUAUUUUGUUUAUAAAUUUGAGUUUUUGUUAUUAUAAAUUUUUUGCAUGGAA